AUGCCGCCCCGCGCCCCCGCCGCGCUCGCGGCCCUCGGCGCCCUGCUCCGCCCCCUCGACGCCCUGGUCCUGGGCCGCGGGCCGCCUCUGGCGGACGUCUACGGCAUGGACGCGCCGGGGAAGCCGAUGGACGACGAGGACCACCACAGAGACCAGACCGUGGAGCUGCUGCGCUUCGUCACCGCCUACGGCACUGGGAUCGAGUCGCUCGUGGACCUGACGCCCUACUCGCCGCUGCUGGAGGCGGAGAGGGCUGGCGGCGGGGGGCUGUCGCUGUACUCGUUCAUCGACACGUGGGUGAACAACGAUACCGGCUCAGACGCCAUGUACAUGAACAACAUCACCGAGCAGUGCUACCCUAUCGCGCGGUCCCAGGGCAACGGCUGGUCGCUGUCCGCCGAGCUGGUCUUCUGGCCGAAGGCUGAGUCGUCGGCCGGGCGCCAGACGGCAUCGGUGCGGCCUAAGCACUCGGUAACGCUCAGCUCGGGUUUCUACGGCGGGAACUACGACUUCGGGAGGGUGGCCGUGCACACGGCCAAACUCGCCUCAAACGGCAGCUCGGUCCUGCUGGAGAAGGCCGUGGACUUCGAGGGGGCAGAGAACGUGCACGUGUACGAGUGCAACCAGGGCACAGCGGAGAUGGAGUACGCGGCAAGGAUGGGCCUCCUGGCCCAGCACAUGGUAGCGUCGACGCGGAAGGACGGCAACACCACCGCCGCGGAGAAGCUCCUCAACGAGACCUACAGGAGCAUGGCGAUGGACGAGUUCAUCGUGUUCGGCGCGGCGGCGGAGGACCCCGCCGGGGCGCACGGCAACCAGAGCCUCGUGCUGGAGUACAGCUCGGAGGAGGCCGAGCUCGAGGUCGGCAUGCCGGUGUAUUUCCGCCCCGGCGACGUCUUCACGGACCAGGAGAUGCAGAAGGGAGUGUGGUGGAACUUGACGUUCCCCUUCAAGCAGGUGGGCACGAUCACGGCCCUGACCAACAAGACGGCCAGCGUGUUCCUGGAGAGCGGGUGCAUCCCGACCAACAAGACCAAGAUGGGGUCGGUCGUGCCGCACUUGAUGACGCCAAGGAGCAAGAAGGCACUGCCCGAGCUGCGGGCGAUGCUGAGGACGGUGGGCAACUUCGCCGCGGAGAGGGCAAAGCUGCCGCCUCCGAAGGACCCCCUGGCGGCCAUCCGCGAUGUGAAGCUGCUGCUCCCGUACAGGCUGGAUGCCAAGGAGGCUGCCAAGGAGGCAGAGCCUGCCAAGUUCCUGUUCUCCCUCGGCCACGACGAGGACGAGCACACCGCCGCGUUCACCGUAGGGGCCCCGAACAUGAUCGGCACGGUCCCGCUCCUGCGGGCGAACGACACCUUCGAGGCGCCGAUCGCGGCCAAGGACGGCGCCAACGACACGGUGAGCAGCGUCUGCGUGAUCGAGCAGCGCCGGCAGGGGCGGUUGUUCCAGCGCAGCUUCCACCUGGAUGACUUCGUGCGCGGGGAGGACGCGGUCGUACUGCAGCUGACCGUCACAGGGCACGGCUGGUCUUCCACCACCGAGCAGUGCGGCGAGUUCUGCCAUGCACUGUACCAGCUGCGCUUCAACGGAGAGCUUGCGCACAACAUCUCGGAGUUCAGGGACGACUGCAAGGAGAACCCCGUCGGCGUCAACACCACGCAGAUCGGCACCUGGUGGGAGAAGCGCAACGGCUGGUGCCCUGGCUCCGUGGAGCCGGGCUUUUUCGUGGACGUGACCAGGUGGCUCCGCAAGGGGAAGAAUCGCCUCGCUGUGGAUGCGCUGGUCUGGAGCGAGGUCACGCAGUCGUACGAGCUGUACACCGACUUGAGCGGCUUCGCCUUCAAAGACUCGGCGUCGCUGGCCAUCGGCCUCAACCUGUUCGUGUACGGCGCCGACGCCGUGGCCGCGGCCCGCGCCAAGAAGCAUCCAGCAACGCCAGCGGAGUUCGCGCUGAAGGUCGGCGUCGGCGGCCGCGGCCAGCUGAACCCAAAGGGCCCGAAGGCGAAGGAGGAGGAGGAACCGGCGCAGCUGACGCAGCUCCGGCCCUCGUCGGAGCUGCUGUCGUUUGCCUCCGUCGUCGACGUGCAAGGGCAGACCGAGAAGAUCCGGGCGGGAAGGGCCAAGAGCUCCAGCGCUGCCGGAGCGGCGACCAGCGAUGGACGGGCGCCACCGCAGCCGCCGUGGUACUUCCUGAACAGCUCCGUCCCAGAGCAGGUGAAGGCUUCCCGGAUCGAGGAGAAGGGCGCCGUGCGAGUCCCCGCCAUGGUGACAGAACUCAUACAGGGAGCCCACAGGGUUGCAUACGCGCAGGUGGAGGCGGCGCUCAUCCCGAGCGACUGGGGCAGCGUGGCGGUGCACUUCAAGCUGGAGAAGCCGCCCGGGAACCUGAGCUUCGACCACUGGGACCGGGUCGGAUCCUUCGGACUGAAGCUUGCGGCGGAGCAGGCCCCGGAGGGCAUCGGCCUCCAUGUCGAGCGGCAGCCAGUGGGACGAGAGAAGUGGUCCGUCGCAGUCGUCGAUCAGGACUGA